AUGACACUGUUGGAAGACUGGUGCAGGGGGAUGGAUGUGAACCCCCAGAGGGCUCUACUGGUGUGGGGGAGCCCGGUGAACUGUGAUGAGGCAGAAAUUGAAGAGACCCUCCAGGCUGCGAUGCCCCAGGUCCCCUAUCGAGUACUUGGGAUAAUGUUCUGGAGGGAAGAGAAUGCCAAAGCAGCCUUGUUAGAGCUCACUGGUGCUGUCGAUUACUCCGCGAUCCCCAGGGAGAUGCCAGGCAAAGGAGGGGUCUGGAAGGUGAUCUUUAAGACCCCCACUUCCGAUGCUGAGUUUUUAGAAAGGUUGCACCUGUUUCUAGCUAGAGAAGGGUGGACCGUGCAAGAUGUUGCCCGUGUCCUUGGGUUUCAAAACCCUGCUCCAGUCCCAGGCCCAGAAAUGCCAGCAGAGAUGCUCAACUAUAUUUUGGAUAAUGUCAUUCAGCCCCUUGUUGAAUCUAUAUGGUACAAGAAACUGACGCUGUUCUCUGGGCGGGACAUCCCGGGGCCUGGGGAGGAGACCUUUGAUCCCUGGCUGGAGCACACUAAUGAAGUCAUAGAGGAGUGGCAGGUGUCUGAUGUAGAAAAGAGAAGUUUGAUGGAGAGUCUGAGAGGCCCUGCCGCUGAUGUCAUCCGCAUCCUCAAGACCAACAACCCUGCCAUAACCACCGCUGAAUGCCUGAAGGCUCUGGAGCAGGUGUUUGGGAGCGUUGAGAGUUCCAGGGAUGCGCAGGUCAGGUUUCUGAACCCGUACCAGAACCCAGGAGAAAAGUUAUCAGCUUACGUCAUUCAUCUGGAGCCUCUGCUGGAAAAGGUGGUGGAGAAGGGGGCCAUUGAUAAAGAUAACGUGAACCAGGCCCGCCUGGAGCAGGUCAUUGCGGGAGCCAACCAUAGUGGGGCCAUCCGAAGGCAGCUGUGGCUGACCGGGGCUGCAGAAGGGUCGGCCCCUAACCUCUUCCAGUCGCUAGUGCAGAUCCGUGAGGAGGAGGCCAAAGAGGAGGAGGAGGAGGCUGAGGCCGCCCUCCUGCAGUUAGGCCUGGAGGGUCACUUCUGAGUCCCCGGAGAGGAGGCUUUUGUGCAGACCUAGAUGAGAGCUGCUUUCCGUGUCCUUGUGCCGUCAUACAGGCCUGCCUCGAGAAGUAAAGACCUA